AUGUCUGAUAUAUCCAUAAAAAUUACAACAGAAGGAAUAAAUUACGGUAUAGCAGGAUUUGUUGCUUAUGAAGGACUGUAUGACUUAAGUGUACCUGGACAUUAUGUAGCUUAUGUUUACGUUGGUAGGAGAUGGUUGAAAUAUGACGAUUUGUCAUCUUCAAAAUUACCUCAAAGAAUAGACAGUAAAGAAAUCAUAGAUCUGCAUUUUUUCAUCUACGUUAAACUUAUGUAUUCCCAAGAAGCACGAAGGACUGCUGCCUAUGCCGGGAGUGUCGGUGCGCCUGUCACCGCUGCUGCUGCUCCUGUCUCCGCCGAGAGGAUCGGCGAAUAUUUGUUGAUUUUCCGCUGGCUGCUUUUUUUGGAAACAAGGAAUUCGGUUCCGGAAAAGAAGGCUGAUGCACCACCACCACCAACAAAAAAAACAUCAUCAUCAUCUUCGUCUUCCUCUUCUUCUUCAUCAUCCUUGGAGGAAGUAGAGGUAGCAGCAGCAGCAGUGGUGACUGUCUCACCGCCUCCAGUAUCACCAGCAGCGAGGCCACCAGUACCACCUCCACCAUCGUAUGCAUCCUCCUCGGCGUUGCCACCUGGACCACCUACAUCUGCAUCCUCUUCAGCGAGGCCAUCAGCACCACCUGCAUCCUCUUCAGGGAAGCCACCAACACUACCUGCAUCCUCUUCGGCGAAGCCACCAGCACCAUCUGCAUCCUCUUUGGCGAAGCCACCAGCACCACCUGCAUCUUCUUCGGCGAAGCCACCAGCACCACCUGUAUCCUCUUCGGCGAAGCCACCAGCACCACCAACGCAUGCAUCCUCUUCGGUGAAGGCACCAGCACCACCACUACGUUCAUCCUCCUUGACGAAGCCGCCAACAUCACGUCCACGCGUCGUAUCCUCCUCGGUGAAGCCGCCACUCCCACGUCCACGCGUCGUAUCCUCUUCGGGAAAGCCGCCAGCACCACUACCACGCUCGUCAGCUGCGAUGAAGUCGCCAGUUUCAUCAUCCUCCUACCACUCAUCAUCAUCAUCGAUGAUGCCACCACCACCGGUUCCACUGAACCGGAAGAUGAGUGCGGUAGCUGAACAAUCAUCUUCCGGUUCAAUGGCAAUACCUCAAGAGCCCCUCCAAAGUCUUUUGGAGGAUCUCUUUUUUACCGAUGAUGAUUUUGAGUGGAAGGAGAACAGUUCAAAAAGAAUGACUCCUCUGAAAGUGGUAAUGGAGAAGAAUAAAAAAAGAAAGAUGAUGGAGGAUAUUACAAAUAAAUAAAAAAAACACCUAUACACACGUACAC